CCCUUCCCUAAGGACAACUCAGCCGGGGGGGCAUACAGUCGAGAGAGAUAAGGAGAAACAUCAGCAACUGAUAAUACUAAAAACAAGAAGAAGAUUGAUCAACAGAAAAUUGAGGUCUUGAAGUUAUCUUGCUGGUAUUUGAGAUUCCGGAACCAUCGAGAUACGAAAAGGAAAGCAUGGCCGGCUCAGACAAUGUUGUUGUGGAAGCAGAGGACGUACCUAUCUAUGUGUCGUCUCUACCAGUCCCAAAUGUCCAAGAGAUGGUCAGAGAAAAUCCCCUUCGUGUUCCUGAAAGGUACCUUAGAACGAAGGAAGAGAUUUCCGAGUCUGAACCGGGAUAUGUCAAUCCCAUGCUUCCCGUCCUCGAUCUAUCCUUGCUCGUGGAUGGUAAUGCGCAGGAGCUCGACAAGUUGGACUUGGCCUGCAAAGACUGGGGCUUUUUCCAGGUGGUUAAUCAUGGGGCUGCAACUGAGGUGAUGAACAUGAUGAGGGCAGCUGCCAUUGAGUUCUUCAAACUUCCGCUGGAAGAGAAGAACAAAUUUGCGAUGCCAGCAAAUGACAUACAGGGUUAUGGGCACACGAACGUGGAGACCAAAGAUCAGAAGCUUGAUUGGUCAGACACACUAGUUCUGGCCGUCUACCCGGAGAGGUUCCGGAGACCCCAGUUUUGGCCGAGCACACCACCUCAUUUCAAAAAAGCUAUGGAGACAUACGCAAACGAAAUUAGGACAGUUGGAGAUAAACUCAUUGGUUCGCUGGCAACUGUCAUGGGACUCAACAAGGAUGCAAUGCUCAAACUUCAUGGGGAGCUCGUGCAGGGCCUGAGGCUCAACUAUUAUCCAUCUUGCGUGAAACCAAAUGAUGUAUACGGUAUAAGUCCGCAUUCGGAUGCUACUAUCGUCUCCAUUCUCAUGCAAGACAGUGAUACAGACGGGUUACAAAUUCGACAUGAAGGACACUGGGUGCCUAUUAAGCCGAUUCCAGGUGCUCUUAUAAUUAAUCUCGGAGAUGUUGUCGAGUUCUGGACAAACGGGAAGUACAAGAGCAUCGAGCACAGGUCAAUGACAAACGCGAAGAAAUGGAGGAUCUCCUUUGCGACUUUCAUAUAUCCACCAGAUGACAUCGAAAUCGGGCCAUUGGCCCUCGUGGUCGACCCAGGGAGGCCACAUCAGAAGUACAAGAAGAUGAAGUACGGAGAGUACCUGAGAUUUUCCCUCAAAAGGGAGUUGGAAGGAAAAGAGCACAUCAAAGUCGCCCAAGUCGAAGUGCCAAAUUAGGUGUGCUGGGAUGUCAUUGACCCUCGUUAAUCACACAAUAACAAGAGUCUUGGCCCCAUGUAUGCAAUAAGAGUGUGAUGCACAUGCAUUAUUAUCUUGAUUCGGAAACUAAAAGGAUAAGAAGGAUGAGAAGUGUUCUGUGCCAUUUGUAUAGCUGUCUGAAAGGAUGUUUAGAUUACUGCGGUUGUAGUAUGUGUACUAUUGUUUAUGCAGUGGCUCAAUACAUUUAGUU